AUGGAUCCUUUAUAUAGCUGUCAAUCACAGGGCGUAUAUAAGAAAGGUGGGCUUCUUGACCGGUCUCAGUAGACACAAGGAUUUGGUGGGACUAAGAUAAAAUGGUAUCCAAAACUUGUGUCUUUAUACUCGUCUGUCUGGGCCUAUUGGUUGCGAUCCAAUCCUGUCUCCCGAGGGUAUCAGCCAAACGGACAGACGUAGACGCGUACGUGGUGGACGCACGCUCCGACCUCCGCAACUACGUAGUCGGGCUCGACUACCUCGGUGACUACGGCCCGGAGCCCGACCGCCCGGCGCCGCUGCCAGAGUUCAUAGUCGACUACGCGAAUAUGAUCAGAAACGAUAUCAUCCUGCUGGAUAACUCGGUCGAAACUAGGACGAGGAAGAGGGGGAACAUUAAAGUUAAAAAACACUCUAAUCAUGCGAUUUCGAAUGUUCCAUGUAACUGUGAACGUAGCUAUGCGUCAGACAAUUACCAGGACCACUACGUGAACCUGAGCGACGCGCUCGGCAUGGCGCUGUGGUACCCGCAGAAGGUGCGCAACCUCACCUGCGACGACACCAAGUGCACCAAGCCCUACUGGUGCCAGAAAAUUAUAUACAACCUGACAGUACUGAAAGGCAGCAACAGUAAGGAAGAGCGGGAGCGCGCAGGCCAACUAUACGCGGACUUACCCAACGAGCUGAAGUACAAGUGGGUGCCGCGGCUGGUGCCCAUCGUCGCGGGAUGCCUCUGCACCAGCAGCUACCUCGCCGACUGAAUAUAAGGGACUACUCACGUAAAAUACUGCAAUGCUCAAUAAAAUGUACAGUUUGACAGACUGACACAA